AUGACAGGCGCAAAGCGGUCUCUAGCCGAGUCCGACAGCUCCGACCAGCUGGACCCUCGACAUCACGGCGCCCUCGACGACAUCCCCUCACCACCGAGCCCCGCACCACCCACCAAACGCCGCCGACUAGCACCACAACCCCAGACCCCUCUACCCCUCGCCUCAUCACCCUCCUCCUCGACCCCGGCAAUCCCCCCACCAUCAGGCCGGGACCUCCUCACCCCCCUCUCCGACGAACUCCUCCUGCGCAUCCUCUCCUUCCUCUCCCUGCCCCACCUCCUCGCCGUCGCACCGGUAUCGCAUCGCUUCUACGAUCUUGCGGCUGACUCACAGUUGUGGAAGGCGCUGUACUAUGGCCGGUUUGUCUUGCCGCGCGCGAUGCGCAUUCCUGGGUUUCGGGAUGGGACUGCUGGGGGUGGAAGUGGGAGUAACAAUGGGAGUGGGAACGGGCAUAAGCUACAUUACUCUGGCAGGAGGCGGCUAUGGGCAGAUGGGAGACGGGGUGGUGUAGUGAGGCAGGACGAGGACAUUGGGCAAAGCAGCGCGGGUAGGAUACGGAAUGGAUUGGGGUUAACGAAACAGGAGCAUCAGCUCGAGAGCCCGGUCGGGCGUCGGAAAGAAGAGGAGGAAAAGGAGUUUCAGCCGGUGAACUGGAAGCGUCAGUACAAGAUCCGACAUAACUGGGCGAGGGGGAAAUGCGCAGUGGAAGAACUGAAACUUGGCCACGGGGCGGAUGAUGGUGGGCCGCGGAGGAAGAUGCUGGUCAAAGUGGUCGAGGGUAUUGCCGUGACGGCUGACAAAACCGAGGGGCUCCGGGCUUGGGAUCUGAAGACGCGGAGUUUGAUUGUUGGGAUUGAGAUAGGGGAGGUAGGCAGUGAUGCGGAACCGAGUUGCAUCGCUGUGGACGAGGCCGAGUUCGAGCGAGGGGUGCUUGACAUAGCCCUUGGGUUUGAUGAUGGCAGCUUUGGUGUGUGGAGGCUAUUGACCAAGAAGCGGCAGAUGGAUUGCCGGUACCGACAUGAGAAGUCGAGCAACGGGGACUUGGUGGCCAUGGCCUUUUCCUACCCUUACCUCCUGACGGCAACAAAGGCGGUUCUGGUCUCCUUGUACACCUUUGACGUGCCGACGUCGACUGGAAAGGACACAGCGGAUCAACCGCCGAAACUACCGGGUGAGGAGACUUCGAAGUUGGACUCUCCCUACCUCCUGACAUCCCUCGAUUCGUACACCUCGAGGCCUCCGCUGGCGCUAUCCCUUCGCAGGACCCGGAGAACCACCGUCGCGUCCGUGGCCUACACAUUUUCGACCCGACGAGGCUGGUCCAUAGGACUCCAGGACCUGCACAUCCACCAGCCAGCAACAGGCAUUCAAUCCACUCCCGAAAUCACCUCCACCCGGAUCGCCUACACCACACCGGUCGAAACAAUCGGGCCUUCCCGUCCGCCUCUCAGUCCGCCAGCAACCCCUCACCGAAAGCCGCAUAAUAACUACUCUGGCAGUGCUGGGUGGCCUAGUACCCCCUCAACCACUGCCACCUCAUCAAGCCCUAUCGACCCAAACGUGGCCGCCGUUGAACCAGGCCCAACAACCCUCUGUUACACCCACCCCUACCUCCUCGCCACCCUCCCCGACAACACCCUCGUCCUGCACAUGUGCACCUCCACCGCCUCCUCCCUCACCAUCGCAGAGGGCAUCCGCCUUUGGGGCCACACCUCAGGUAUCAGCGACGCCGAGAUCACCGCCCGCGGCAAGGCUGUCAGUGUCAGCUCGCGCGGCGAGGAGAUGCGUGUUUGGGAACUGGAAGGACGGUCCGCCGCGACUGCUGCUGCGGGCGGCGGCGGCGUGGGUGCUAGUAGUCGGAGUGUGGAGAUAAGGCCAAGGCAGUGGCUGGCGAGACCUUCGAGGUCUGAAGGGGGUGACCUCGGCCUGGGCCUCGGCGACCCGGCCCGCGACUGGGACGAGAGGCGGAAUUGGGUUGGAUUUGACGAUGAGAUGGUGAUUGUGUUGAAGGAACGGAGAGGGGCAAGGGAAAGCCUCAUGGUCUACGACUUUACAUGA